UUUUUGAUUUGUAAAAGAAAUCUCUUGUAAUGGGUCCGGAGAGGAAUAUUAAUUGAUGAGGUAACUUUGUUUAAAAUGACUUUUGAUUCACCGGACCUUCUCCUACUGAUCUAAAAAUACCAGGGGCCAUCUGGCAUCAUCCCGGAAUCUCCUUUACCUGUUAUGGAAUAUAUCAAAGCAAGAAAGGAGUUCCAAGUACAGCAGCUGGUUAAAGAGAAAGAGAUUCUCUCUACUCCUUUCAAGUCAAAGAACAAAAUUAUUUUUCAAAAAAAUUAUUACAAAAUUUAUGGGGGAAAAAAAAAAGAAGAAGAAAAAAAAAAAAGAAAAGUUGGUGUGAAAUGUGGAGAGACUGAAGAAAGGAAGAGACACAGCUCGUGGGCAUAUAUUCCCUUCUCCAACAUAACCCCACUCAUGUUUCCAGAUAUGGAGUGAGAACUCCCCCAACUACCCUCCAGAAUUUAUAAGAACAGAAGCUUUACCUGCCUCAUAUCUUCAUGCCCGUGUACUUCACUCCUCCAAAUGGGUCUGCAAAAUCAAAACAUGAACUUGGUUUUGUCUACUGAUGCUAAGCCUAGGUUGAAGUGGACUCCUGAACUCCAUCACAGAUUUGUUGAAGCUAUCAAUCAGCUUGGAGAGGCAACACCCAAGAGUUUGAUGAGAGUUAUGGGAAUUCCUGGACUUACUUUGUACCACCUUAAGAGCCAUUUACAGAAGUACAGGCUUGGCAAAGGCCACCAGGCUGAAACCUGCAUUGACAACAACCAAGAAGAUUACGGAGAGGUCCAGAGUGGUAGUCACGGCCAUUUCAACACGGAUAUGAACAAUGGAAACCACAAUCAGAUUAAUGAAAACUUUCAGAUUGCUCAGGCACUGCAAGUGCAAAUGGAAGUACAGAGAAAACUUCAUGAGCAGAUUGAACUGAAUUCCAUUUUUCAGGUGCAGAGACAUUUGCAGCUGAGAAUUGAAGCCCAAGGGAAGUACUUACAGUCAGUACUAAAGAAAGCUCAAGAAACCCUUGCUGGUUAUAGUUCUUCUUCGGUUGGCAUAGAACUUGCAAAAGCUGAACUCUCUCGACUCGUCUCAAUGGUCAACACUGGCUGCCCUAGUUCUUCAUUUUCAGAACUAACAGAAGUAGGUGAUUCAAUCAUGAAAGAUGUCAAUCAGAAAGGAACAAGAGGUACCAUAUGUUCAAUGGAAAGCUCAUUGACAUCAUCUGAAAGCUCUGGUGGAAAUGACAAUGGUGGACCCAGCAAGGUUAAUACUUGUCUUGAACUUCCAUUAAUGGCUAUACACCCAGAAAAGAAGCCAUGGAGUGGUGAUUCAAGCAACCAAGCUGUUGGGAGAAAAAGAAGUUGCAGUACCAUUUCUGAUGGAAUCUGUGUUGAGCAACCAUUAUCAAAGAUGUUAGAGAUUCAUCAGGAGAAGAGAAAUGAUCAACUGGGAAACUCUGGGUUUCUGGGGACUCUGGAUCUCAAUAGCCAGUAUCAUCUCAAUGACUCUGAACAAGGUCCAAAGGCAAUUGAUUUGAACUGAAACGAUACCAAUAGUUCAAGGGGAAACUUUGUUGUUACGGAACAUUCAGUGGGUGGGUUUUAGACUUUUUAGUAAUAUAGUAUAUGUAGCAAAAUAUGAUUCUUAAAGCUAAUGUUUUGUUGAUAGAAUGUGUAUAUAAUAUAACAUCCAUAUAAAAAAAAGAUGGUAUAAUAUAUGGUGUGGAUACGUCUUGUGAUGA